UACACAUACACACACAUGCACACAUGCACACGUACAAACACACACCAAUAAGCAAAUGCACACUAUCUUGGAAUGUACUGCACACUCUACCUGUGAAAAGUCAACUGCUUCCUUCAUUUUGGAGAAUUUCUAAAGGCGUUUGGAAAUCUGAGUUUGUCCUUUCCACUGUUUGAGGAAAACUACGUGACGCGAAGAAGAGGAUAUAAAAAAAAGAGAGAAAUGUUUUGAAUUUGAAGUGUUUUUGGACAAUUUGUUUAGUGAACAAAUGAUUGUUGAUAGAUUGUUUUGGUUCCCUUACGUAUGCUAAUCUGGAAAAAAGAGAUUCAGGCUUGAUGAUCAGAUUAUAUAUAUAUUUUUUUUUUGAUUUGUUCACUGUCCACAGCCUUUUUAAUUUGAACAGAAAUCAGUUUUAAAUUUGUGUUUUUGAAAAGAAAUUCUGUUACAGUUACAGCACUCCACCACCUGUAAAGCAAGUUAUAUAAGAAAGUUACAAACACAGACAUUGUGAAGAUUGUAAUUUGGUGGCUUGUUGGACGUCACCACUAGUUUUAAAGUCAUUUCAGGUAACCUGCGGCAAUUGCUGUCAGAUUUGUUAGAAGGGGUUGCGCUUGUUCGUGUGGUGCGCUUGUUUUCUUGUUGCGUGCAUGCCCUCCACCAUGCCUCCCCAGAACACAGAGGCUGACGCUAUGCAGGUCGGAUCUCUCGUGGAUGGAAUUCACAACAAAAACUCCACGGCAUCAGGAACGGACGAGGAGAAAGGAGGAGGCGGCGGUGGCGAGGUGGAUGGAUCGGGAGGAGGUGGUCGUGGCGGGGAGGAGUCGGCGAGCGAAGGAUCGAUAGAAGGCAUUACUCUGAAGAGAUGGGUGAUGCACGGGGCUGUGAUGUUCGGCCGUGAGUUCUGCUACGCCAUGGAGACAGCGCUGGUGACACCUGUACUGCUGCAGAUAGGUCUUCCAGAGCAGUACUACAGCCUGACGUGGUUCCUCAGCCCAGUGCUCGGCCUCAUGUUCACUCCUCUGAUCGGCUCGGCCAGCGACCGCUGCACUCUGCGAUGGGGCAGGAGGAGACCGUUCAUCCUGGCUCUCUGUAUCGGCACGCUGUUAGGAGUGGCUCUGUUUCUCAAUGGAUCACUGAUAGGUCUGUCUUUUGGCGAUGAGCCAGGAAGUCAACCGAUUGGCAUUGUUCUCACCGUGCUGGGAGUCGUGGUGUUGGACUUUUGUGCAGACGCCACAGAGGGACCAAUCCGAGCGUAUUUGCUAGACGUGGCGGACACAGAGGAGCAAGACAUGGCGCUCAACAUCCACGCCGCUUCAGCGGGUCUUGGCGGCGCAGUUGGCUACGCUCUUGGCGGUUUAGACUGGACUCACACCUUCCUCGGAGCAGCCUUCAAGUCCCAGGAGCAGAUCCUGUUCUUCUUUGCUGCCAUCCUCUUCUCUGCGUCUGUGGUUUUGCAUCUCUUCAGCAUCGAAGAGCAGCAAUACUCUCCCCAAAAUGACAGACUGGACCAGGAGAGUCCAGAUCCCGCCAACCAGCAACUAUCAGCCAACGGCAGGACUGGACUUCUCGCUCCCAAGUUGGAAAUGAUCGGAGAAGAUGACACGAUGGACAGCUACAACCUCUAUGACCCCUAUGAAGAUGACCAUUCAGAGCCAGGUGAUAUGGACAUGGACUUUCUAGAGGUGGAGCUCGUGAGAAGUAAAAGUGACAGCGUUCUCGCCAUGGCAGACUGCACUCUCGACCACUUGGACCAUGAUCCGUUUUUCCUGUGCCACCUUGAGCCGUCCAUCUUUGCCGACCGCCUUUCGCCCUAUCACGGCUCGCCGCCGCCGACAUCCUACUUAUUCCACCCCAAUCACACUCCCUCCAGGUAUAGCAACAUCAGACGCAGCAGCAGCGCGGGAAGCCAGGACCUUCUCCGCGCUCAAAUCGACAACCACCAAACACACGCCGUCACUCCCAGGAUUUCCCGUCUCACCUCUUUCUUACAAGAAAUGGAGAAUGAAGACAGACAGGAGGCUCUGCUUCACAACCAGCUCAAUGAGCAGCGUGCCAUGAAUGGGCAGCUGUUAGCCAGUGGAACCAACGCUGAUAGAGUUCACACUAACAGCCUGAGCUCUAAAGGACAGGCCCAUCGGGCUGGGAUGGUCAAAGCUGCCAGCACUGGAGCUCCGACGAGGCAGUCACGUUACCGACACACCUUCUACCGCCAGCCGUCAUGCACCUUCUCCUACUACGGCCGAGUGGGGAGCCACCGCUACCGCUACCGCCGCGCCAACGCCGCGCUUCUCAUCAAGCCGUCUCGCAGCAUGAACGACCUGUACGAAGUGGAGGCCAGACACAGGAGGAGGAGCAGACAGAGGAACAGACACCGCAGUGGAAACACCAACUCCUCCAGCGGAGACACAGAGAGUGAAGAGGGCGAGGUUGAGACCACUGUGCGGCUGCUGUGGCUCUCCAUGCUGAAGAUGCCUCCGGAGCUUCUACGACUGUGCGCCUGUCACCUGUUCACCUGGUUCUCCAUCAUCGCCGAGGCCGUGUUUUUCACCGACUUCAUGGGACAAGUCAUUUACCACGGAGAUCCCACCGCUCCUACAAACUCUACUUUGCUGGAUAACUAUCACAGAGGCGUUCAGAUGGGAUGCUGGGGACUGGUUAUAUAUGCCAUGACUGCUGCUACGUGCUCAGCUCUCCUUCAGAAGUACCUUGACAACUUUGACCUGAGCAUCAAGAUCAUCUACAUCCUUGGAACACUUGGAUUCUCUAUUGGAACCGCUGUCAUGGCAAUCUUCCCUAACGUGUAUGUUGCCAUGGUGAUGAUCAGUAGUAUGGGCAUCAUCUCCAUGAGUAUCUCCUAUUGCCCUUACGCUCUGCUAGGACAGUAUCACGAAAUGAAAGAGUACAUCCAUCACAGUCCUGGUAACUCCCGGCGAGGCUUUGGUAUCGACUGUGCCAUCUUAUCAUGUCAGGUGUACAUCAGUCAGAUCCUGGUGGCCUCAGCUCUGGGUGCAGUGGUGGAAGCUGUUGGCAGCGUCCGUGUUAUUCCCCUUGUCGCCUCUGGGGGCUCCCUCCUUGGAUUCUUCACUGCGUGCUUUUUGGUCAUUUACCCAUCUCCCAACAGCGGGGAGGGGAACUCAGCCAAAGCGUCCGAGAAGCGAGCCCUGGCGACGACGGCGGAAAAUCCAAGCAGUGGUGAAGCGGCUGUUGCCGUGGCGAUAGAGAAACCCAGCUUUCUGAAACUCAACAAGAAGGGCAAAGCCACUACCACCACCACUUCCUGUCACACUGAAAACGAGUCUGCCCUGUGAUUGGCUGGCUGAAUUCACUUUCAUCACCAGUGCUGCUGGAAAAAGACACAAGGAUGACCCACAAAAAAACAAAGAGAUGGAGCUCUCUUUAAGUCUGUCCUUGCUUUCUAUAAUUCGGACUUUGCCGCAGUAAACAACUCAAUCCGACAUGGGACCAGUGUCAUACCAGACCCUCGUGCCCUGCAAAAAAAAGAAGAAAUCAUUCUGGUCCUAGCGCUGCUGUUUCAGCUGUCUCUGAAAAUUCCUUCCACUUAAACCUCACAUCGACGAUAAGUGAGUCACUCACGGGUCAUUGUUUUAAAGCAACACUAUGUAACUUUUCCUCUGCUCCUCAGCAUCCAGACACGUAAGACACUUAAAACAAAGACUAUUAAUCCCUUCAUAGUUUUAGGUUUCCUCGCUUAAUUUCAAAGAUGAAAGCUACUUUCUAAUCAGUUUACAAUCUUCUCAACAUCAUUAAGUUACAUACUUGGAGAUGAAGUUACUCAGUGCAGUGAAAAGAGGCGUUCACGGGCCUGGUUUGAGAAUGAGGAAAAACACCAUUCUCCCUAUAACAAGUCAAGACAACAUUAUUUGAAACCUGUUAUUUUAACUUAAAACAAAGUUGCAUAAUGUUGCUUUAAGGUGAGGUUUACUCCGUCUCUCAGGGCCUCUAGGAGGUGCUACUGAGCAGCCGCCUGGACACAAAACUUCAGGGGAUUCACACUUAUACAAACUCUCACGCACCCACACACACACGCAUGCACACGCGCAUGCACACGCGCACACCUCUACAUCUGAAUCGUAUGAACGCCUAAAUAAUGAACGCUGUUGAUGAACAUUACUCUUUGAAGCUGCAAUCACUUAAAAAAAAAAAAGGUUCUUCCUCGCUGUGGAACGGCUUCAAUCGAAUCUUUGCCUCGUGAUGUGGACACUUUUGGACGAGAGAGAGAGUGUGUGUGCGUCUGAUCACUGACUUUGACAUCUCAAGUUGGAGUCACAGCGUUCACCAAAAUAAAUCGAACACACUCGACUUUGCAGUAGCUUUAAGACUCUCGAGACUUUUGGAAAACGGCAAAUUGUGAAACUAAGGCCCCGGAGUCUGGUUCCUGGAGGAGAUUCUGCAGAUCACAGGUGUUUUGUUUUUGCCUUUCGUCACAAAACAGAAGACCUAGCGUUUUUCAUUUAGCUUUGAAUCCAGGACAAAAAAAAGAAAUGGACAGCGUUAAAUAAGCUCUCUUUGUGAGUGUUAGGUUGAUGUUUAUCGAGUGAAAGAGCAAAGAUGCAAUAUCUGCGGCAUACAGGGCAUUAAAAUCCCAAAUACUAUUUUCAUGUGUGUUGUUUUGGAGCAGUCAGAGACAAUAAUGACAACGAUGCUUCUGUUUAUUUUGAAAAAUCAGACAAACCUACUUGCUGCAUGUUAGAGGAGCGGAGAAAAACAAACCAAACAGCAGAGGAGAAUGGAGAUGUGGAGUUCUUCUCUCUCUCUUUCUCUCUUUUUUUUUAACAUGAAAAGCUGUUAACACAAAGUUUGUUACUAAUCGCACGUUAGCUGAGCCGUUGUUGAUGAAAGCGUUGCGGCGUUUAAUCAGAAAAGCAUCUGAGGACUUUUAGCGUCUUGGUUUUGUUUGUCUUAUGUGCGUGAGCAGCGGGGCGGAGUUCCCUGACACUGCGCUGUUCCAGUGGAUCCAGUAAAUAUACCAGAAAUGACCAGUGUCUCAAAUGGACACCAUCAUAUUUAUAAAUGGAUCCUGGUUAUUUGGAGAAAAAAAAAAAAAGAGAUCGUCACUGUUUUAGGGCCUUGUUGCUUCAGCCUCGGUGGAGGACUGUGGUCCUGCUUUGGUUGAACUUUAAAAGAGAAUCGAAUAAAGUAGUGGUUUAACUGCCAGUUACUGCAGUGUGUGGUUUGGUGAACUGGAGUUUAAGAGGGAAUAGAUGUGAAGAAAUGUAUUUACUUAAAGACAACAGUAGUUUGACACUUAAAAAUGUGCUUUAUUUUGCUCUGUGGUUAGUGGAGAAACUUGUUACCACUCUGCUUGUCUGCGUGGUAAAUAUGACGCUAUCGCCAGUCACAUGAGCUCGUUCUGUCCAACAAUAACAACGUCCUCCCACCAACACAUGUUUGGUCUUUAUGCAUGUUUAAAAAAAACUAAUUUAAAACGGUGUUAAUCAGUAAUACUUUAAGGUGCUGGUCGGCAGAGUUUUGUUGUCUUUGGGCAGAUACCGGCUGUCUUAAUGCUAAGAUAAGCUAAGCUAAGCUAAUGGGCCGCUGGUUUUAGCUGCAUAUUUAUCGUAGACUUGAUAAGAGUUGCUUUAAAUGUUCAAACUCAAGAACAUUUGACACUACUGUUGUCACAAAGUCAACGCAGACCCAGAACAAUUACAGCUUCACUCAGUUUGACUUUUUCAGCAGAGACAACGAUGAGGAAGUAAAACUACAGCGAUUUAAAACACAUAUUAAUCAAAGUCAUUUUUCAUUCAAGUGCAGCCUCUGUCUCCUCCUGUGACCCUCAGAAGGAGACGUGGUAAAGAAAAUGGAUAUUAAAGUCUCGAGCCUGAGGUUAUAUAAUCUUAAUCUUCAGAAUGUUUCUUAGCUGACAAAGCUGGAUGUUUAAAAAGAACAAAAAAUCUUGAGUGAAAUGAAAGAUUUGAUUGUUUGUAUUGUGACAAAUAUCGGCCUCUGUGAAUCAGGUGAGCUGUGGGAGGUUUUGUGGCGGGAAGAGCAGGGUUUCUUUGUUGUUUUUCCUGCAUUUUUCAGGAUAAAAAGCUGUGGAUUCGGGGUCAGUUUUCCUUUCAGCUCAAUCAGCUGAACCAUACAAAUUGAAAGGAAUGGACAUGUAAAAGGUGAAGGGUUCAUUUAUUAAAAGAAAAAGCAUUAUGUUAGAAUUUAGUGCAGGAUGUUUUUGGGGGAGUUUUUGAAAACAAUUUACUGACUUAUGAUGCUUUUUUUCCCUCAUAUGAGCAGGUGUUGCUGUACAGUUUAACCCUGUUUUAUUGUUUUUUUGGGGGGUUGUUAUGUUCAAACAAGUUAAAUUCCUUCCAGAAUUUCAGGUACAUUCAGUUAGUUCCAGAGCAGAGUAAAGAGAAGAGAAGCUUCUUGGGUUGACUGUGAUUCUGGGUCAGUUAAAAAAAAAAAAAUAGGGGACGGAACAAAAGACAAGGAGGUACAGGUGCCUUGGUUUUGCACGGCUUCUGUGACCACUGGGGCAAUAAAAUAUUCUGGAUUGAAAAAAAUGGACACAGAAACUUCAGUUUGACUGGACAAACGUGAAGUUUUUCUCUUUGGUUUAUGGAUGGUUUGCAUGCAAGAACAGCGAUAAUGCAUGUGUGGAACACCAAAGUAUAAUCACUCAAGCUCUUUCCUUUAUUGGCCUAAUCAGGUCAGGGAUGUAUUUUCUAAUGCAUGGCUGGAUGUUUAUGUCCUUUUUUUGUUUUGUUUUGAAACUUAAGUGUGUAAAACAAACAAACAAAAAAAAGACCAACUUGUUCUCUUGAAGCAUCGUGCUUGGGUCCGGCUCAGUUCACUCUUAACAAGCAUCGUGUGACUUUUCGGACUUUUUUUUUUUGCACAUUUGUGGGUUGUAAAGUUCCAGGCUGCACUCAUCUUGUUUUUUUUGAACGCACGUGUGGAUGGAAAAGCAUCGGUGAGAAACUCCCAAGCCGUGAAUACUUGAAGUGCAACUUGAGUGUUUCUGUUCCAAUGCAGUGGAAAACUUUUCUCUUUUCAUUUUUUUUGAGGGGGUUGUUCUUAAUAUCCCAAGCCUUCUUACUCGUCUGUGUCUCUGGAAUGUUCUGGCACCGCGGCCACUCGCUUGGCCUGCUUCGGAGGAGAUUUGAGUUCUUACCUUUGAUUCCAUCUGGUGACUUAAACACUUAAGAUAUUUCUUUCAUUUUUUUUCUUCUUUUUUUUAAAAAAAAGGUCAAUGAAUGUGAGAUGAUUUCAGUGGAAGUCAUUUAUUGUUUUCAUGUAUGACAUGCCAGGGGGAGUCUGACAUUGCACAGAACUUGCACAUUUUUAAGUUGAGACAAAAGGCAACCAGUCAGUAGAGCUUUGUUGCGAAAGAAAACAAACUAAGUGUGGAUAUUUAUUUUUGAGUUUUCUUGCCUGAAAAGGACAAUUUUCACACUUAAACGUUAUGCUGUGCGCUGUCACAGAUGGAACAGUGUGUUUGUGUGAGCAGUCACGUCACAGCUUUUCACGUGUAAAGCAAAAAAAAAAGAAGCAAAGGUGUGUUUCAAAAUGUCAUCUCAGUGUUUGCGUUUCUGUUCUCUGCAAAUCACCUGGUUUACACUUUCACUCCGGAAUCAAUGGCUGCAAUACCUGAGGUUUCUUUCCACUCUGUCUGUCUGCUCUGGUGUUUUAACUCAACUAGUAAAUGUCUUUAUUAUGAUUAUUAUUGUUAUUAUUUUUAAUCUUUUCUUGUAACUUGAGGCAGGGCCACACGCAGCAGAUUGGCCUUUACCCUGGUUUCAUUGGCAGCCAUUUUGGCUCCACUGUCCCGAUCACUGAAUGAAUGAAUGUGGCCAUUGUGGUGACGCAGUUUUAUUAUUUCCAGCCAGCAGCUGUCAGUGGCAGCAGUGUCAGUUAGUGUGUAUGUGUGUGUAUGUGUGUGUGUGGCUCUGCCUCUUGUAAACUGUGUUAAUGAUGGAGGAGUGAGAUGCGUAUAUAUUUAAA